CACAAGCGGAGCUGAUCUCGCGAGAUCUCAAGCUGUGCCUGUUUCUCUACCGUGCGUUUGUAGGAUGAGAUAGGUAAUCCAGAAUGGCUACUCUGAUCUAUGUUGAUAAGGAAAAUGGAGAACCAGGCACCCGCAUGGCUCCUAAGGACGGGCUGAAGCUGGGGUCUGGGCCUUCAGUCAAAGCUUUAGAUGGGAGAUCUCAGGUUUCAACACCACAUGUUGGCAAAAUGUUUGAUGCUCCACCAACUUUACCUAAAGCUGCCAGAAAGGCUUUGGGAACUGUCAACAGAGCUACAGAAAAGUCAGUUAAGACUAAUGGACCCCUCAAACAGAAACAGACAACCUUCUCUUCCAAAAAGAUGACUGAGAAGACCGUUAAAGCAAAAAGCUCUGUUCCUGCCUCAGAUGAUGCCUAUCCAGAAAUAGAAAAAUUCUUUCCCUUCAAUCCGUUAGAUUUCGAGAGUUUCGACCUGCCUGAAGAGCACCAGGUUGCACACCUCCCGUUGAAUGGAGUGCCUCUCAUGAUCCUCAAUGAGGAGAGGGAGCUUGAGCAGCUGUUACACCUGGGCCCCCCUUCACCUCUGAAGAUGCCUCCUCCACCGUGGGAGUCUAAUCUGUUGCAGUCUCCCUCAAGCAUUCUGUCGACCCUGGAUGUUGAAUUGCCACCUGUUUGCUAUGACUUAGAUAUUUAAAUUUCUUAGCACUUUAUAGUUUGUGGGUAUGUAUGAAUAGUUUGUAUUAAUAAAGCAAUUCUUUGUUUAACAGACUCUUCC